AAACCCCGCACACGCUCCGACACACAAUUAGGUGGGAGAAGGUGAAGAAGGCUUCGAAGAAACGCGGCACUCUACGCUAAAUCUAUAUAUGAAAGUCACGGAAGUCUUAACUCUGAAGAAAAACCUCUCGCAAGAAGGCCAAUCCGUUCAAGUAAUCGCUCCCCCGCGGCUGAAGAAGGCAGGAUGACGACCAAGCAGUCCCCCAUGGCCGAUCAGCAGCGGAUCCACCCGGUGGACGUCGAGGCGCCGCAGCCAACCGUUCCUCUCGUUCCCCGCGAGCUCUCGAGGUCGGAGAAGGGUGACCCCGAGCCGUACCCUCGACGCACUCUCCCCGUCGCGCACUCUCGGCCGCCGAAGAAGCACCGUAGCUGCUGCUGCAGGUGUCUCUGCUGCACCGUCUGCACCAUCAUCCUCCUCGUCGUCGCCGUCGCGGCCACGCUCGGAAUACUGUACCUCGUCUUCGACCCCAAGCUGCCCAAGUACUCCGUGGACCGCCUCCGCGUCACCGCCUUCUCGGUCGACCAGAACCUCACCGCGCACGCGACCUUCGAGGUGACGGUGACCGCCACCAACCCCAACAAGGGGAUCGGCAUCUACUACGUGAGCGGCUCACGGCUGAACGUGCUGUACUCGGGCUACGACCUCUGCCAGGGGACGUUGCCGGAAUUCUACCAGGGGCACCGGAACACGACGGUGCUGGGGGUGGUGCUCUCUGGGGACGUGCAGCUGGGGAGCACGGUGAUGAACGAGCUGCAGCAGCAGCAGCAGACGGGGACGGUGCCGUUGGACUUCAAGGGGGACGUGCCGGUGCGGGUGAAGCUGGGUGGACUGAAGCUGUGGAAGGUGACCUCCCGAGUGCGAUGCAGCUUGGUGGUGGAUAGCUUGACCGCCAAUAACCAGAUUCGGAUCAAGAACAGCAGCUGCAAGUUCAGUUUAAAGCUUUGAUUUCUUACUGCUUCUCUUCUUCUCGCUUGUUUCAUGUUGGAUCAUAUUGGUUGGAUGGAUGGCACAGUGUUGUAUUAUUUUCUGAGUAUUUAUUCUUAUUUAUAUAUGGAUUUAUUCACCCGUGAA